AUGGGUGGCCCCCACCCCCACCAACCCCAUCUUGGCGAGCUGGCUGUCGCCUUUUACUGGACGCGUCGCGCGAUGGGAAGAAACGCCCAAGGUCCGGCCGCCGGGGACGGAUUCCUAACAUGGGCUGAGAUUGCCCCCUGGCAACAACGCGCUUCGUUCUCUUACAUCACCUCGAUAUGGAGCAUCCUAGCCAUCCACAAUGAGACCACAAACAUCUGGUCCCAUCUGCUCGGCGCACUCCUCUUCGCUGGCCUCUUUGCCCACUUCUUCAUCCUGUCGCACCUCGCGGACGGGGUGAGAACCGAGGAUGGUGUUGCUCUGGGUGUAUACUACAUGGCCGUGGUUGUCUGCUUCGUCCUGUCGACCUCAUUCCACACAUUCUCCGACCACAGCCCGGAGAUACACAAACUAGGCAACGAGCUCGACCACUUGGGCAUCGUCUUCGUCAUGUGGGGCACCGGCGUGUCGCUCGCACACUUUGCAUUCUACUGCCACCCCGCCAUCCGCAACGUCUAUCUCGUCCUACUAACCGCCACCGCCGUCGGCUGUGGCAUCUUCACCCUGCAGCCCAAGUUCCGGCAGCCAUCCUACCGGCUCGUCCGCUUCCUGAUGUACGCCCUGCUGGGCGCCAGCCUGUUCACCCCCGUCGCUCAGGGACUUCGCCGGUUUGGCUGGCAGGGCCUGGACGAGAUGGCGGGACUCGACUCCUUCUUCGGCCUCGCCGCGGUCAACUUCUCCGGCUCGGCCGUGUACGCCAUGCGCGUCCCUGAGCGCUGGUUCCCCGGCCGCUUCGACCUGCUCGGCCAGAGCCACAACUGGAUGCACCUCCUGGUCGUCACGGGUGCCCUGAUCAGGCUCAACGGGCUGGUCCAGGUGGUGGGCCGGUGGCAGGGGUACAAUGGAGCUGCGCUCGAUGGGUUUUGCGCCAAGCUAGAAUGA